ACAAAGAAAAUUGUUGAAAGAAGAGUUAGAGAGUAGGUGGUUUUUUCGUGACGAAAGUUUUGCGAGUUUUACCAAUUGAUUUGCAUUAUAUUUCAAGGGUAGAGGUUAAGGAAGUGAUUUUGGAUAAAUUUUUAAUGCUCUAAGUACAUCAAGCUAAAAAUAAACAUACAGUUCGUCUAUGAGUCACGAAAAUAUUGACUUCAUUGCAAACUAAGAGAAGUGAAAUUAAUACUUAGAUAACUAGUUAACUGAGAUCAUCACAUAGAUAUCAAGAUGGCAGCUCCCGAAGUACCUCGCACAGAAUUGCAGGAAUUGCAAAUAAAAUCUGGUCAGGUGGCAGAUGAAUCACUAGAAAGUACAAGACGCAUGCUUAACCUUAUGGAAGAAAGUAAAGAGGCUGGAAUACGAACACUGGUAGCUUUAGAUGAUCAGGGAGAACAACUUGAUCGCAUUGAAGAGGGUAUGGAUCGCAUUAACGCCGAUAUGAGAGAAGCAGAAAAGAAUCUAAGCGGUAUGGAAAAAUGCUGUGGCCUGUGUGUUGUGCCAUGGAAGAAGGUUGCAAUGAAAGAUGACGGCGAAAAUGCUUGGAAAGCAAAUGAAGAUGGUAAAAUCGUGAAUAGUCAACCAACAAGAGUGGUAGAUGAACGUGAACGAAUGGGUGGCGUGCCACCGCAAAGCGGUUACAUACCUCGCAUUACAAAUGACGCGCGAGAAGAUGAAAUGGAUGAGAAUAUUGGACAAGUAAACUCAAUGUUGGGAAAUCUACGAAAUAUGGCGUUAGAUAUGGGAUCCGAAUUGGAAAAUCAAAACAAACAGAUUGACCGUAUUAACGCCAAAGGAGACGCUAAUAACGUACGCAUGGAUGGUGUUAACAAGCGUGCCAAUAAUUUGCUCAAAAGCUAAACAUGUUAAAAUUAUACAAUAUAAUGCAAAGUUAUAUAAGUUAGAUGGAUAUGCACAAAUGGUAUCACAACAAAAA